CGGCGCCGUCGUUUCGGCCGGUUCCUCAGUUCUCUCCAAUACCGAGCCCCGGCGUGCCCAAUCCGAAUUAUCAAAACCCUGGUGUCCAGCCGCCCGGCGUGAGCUCUGGGUCUCCGAUGGCUCCCGGUGUGCCCCCGCCGUCGUCGGUGCCGCCGCAUAUGAUGCAUUACCAGAUGCAGCCCAUGAGAGCGUACGCGCCGAUGCCUAAUGGAUACGCGGCCAUGCCCACUGGUGCUCCUCAAGGCGCCAUGCCUCUCCCUGUGUCUUGAUUGAAUUCGGUGAGAAAGGUUGGAAGGCUUGCUUCAUAUUGCUUUGAGAACUCCCCAUCUACAACUCCUUUUUUGGUAUGCACAUAUUCUAAAGUUUUAUGUAAGCUCAAGUUGGUCAUGGAGUUCAAAAUUUAAAUAAUAUUCCCACAAAUUGGAAACUUUUACUUUUCAAUUUGUCAUGCUAAAGUUUUAUUAUUAUGUCGUGUUCAUUUUAGUAGGAUCCUUUCUGGUAGUUUUAAGGAUACUUUCCCUUUUCAUGGGUUUAUGAAUUGCCAGAAGCAGACCAUGUUUGCAACUGAGUGCUCAUUGCCCUUGUGUUCUAAGGUAUCACAAUCCUUCCAACUGCAGUCUCACUAUCCAUAGAUAUAUAUAUAUACACACAUAUAUAUAUAUAUAUAUUUAUUUAUUUAUGUCCAUCAUCCAUUCAUCUAUCUAUCUGUCUAUCAAGCAAUCUACUUAUCUGUAAAUCUAAACAUCUAAUCAUGUGUUUGUGUGUGUUAUAUGUUGUGCAUGCUUGUUAUGUAUUUUUUUUAAUCUUCUGUUGUUCUCAUGCUGCAUCACCUGCUGCUAUCUCUCCAUGAUCAAUUGAACUAUCAAUAUAUCUAAAUUAUACAACUCUCAUAAACCUCUAUAUGCAUGAGAUGUUGAUGGUUUUAUUUUACUCGAGAAGGCUACUAUGGUCCAAGUGGCUGCAUAAGGUAAGCACAGUUUACUCAUUCAUGGUUUAUGAACACGAUGCUAUUUCUUAAUUUUUCCUUCAGGUUAUCUGUUCAGCUGGUGGUAGUUGCCAUGCCUGUGCUGCCAUCUCUAAUAUGCUUUUAAUGUGUGGUAACAAAAAUCAAUCAUUUCUUGUCAUAUUGUUUUUUGAUACAUCUGUUUAAUUGGGGUGCACCUAGUUUUCAUGGUAUGCAGUUAAUAAACGUGAUCUGAUGUAUUUGCAAGAUAUUUGUUUCUUUCUUUGUAGGACUUGCUCGUUAUCCUUCUCCAUAUCAUGCAAUGCUUCGGCCUGCAUUUACUCCGCGUCCACCAGGAGCAAUUGGUUCGCUUCCAGGUUUACCACGUGGCCCUGUUCCUGGGAUUCCUGGAGUUCGCCCAAUUAUGCCCCCUGUUAUUAGGCCAACUCUUCCUAGUGUUACUCCAGCUGAGAAACCACAAACCACUGUUUAUGUUGGGAAGAUACCACCAACCGUGGAGAAUGAUUUUAUGUUAUAUCUCCUCCAGUUAUGUGGACCUGUCAAGAGUUGGAAAUGUACUCAAGUUCCUACAGAUGCGACUCCUAGAGGGUUUGGGUUUUGCGAAUUUGAAUCUGCUGAAGGAGUUCUUCGUGCAUUACGUCUUCUGAGUAAAUUUAACAUUGACGGGCAGGACCUUGUGUUAAAUGUUAACCAAGCAACGAGAGAAUAUCUGGAGCGGUUUGUUGAGAAGAAAACUGAAAACUCAAAGAAGCUCAAAGAAGCUGAAGCAGCUGAGAAAGAGGAUGAAAGUGCACUAGGUGUUGAAAAGAAUGUACCUUCAAAUCCUGCUGUAUUGGACUCAAAGGAGGAGGAUAGUAAUUCGAGUAACAAAGAAAAUGACGCUGCCAAUUUUGGAAUUGUGACUGACGAAGACAGAGAAGCUGACCGCGAAGCUAUGGAGAAGCUUACAAGCUUGAUAGAGGAGAGGUUAAAAACCAAACCUCUCCCUCCACCACCCACACCAGCUCCUGGCAAUGGCACUGGGAAUUCAAAUUCAGAGCUGCCAGCUAAAUCAAGGGAUGGAGACUCUGAUGUUGAUAUAACGCGAAAUGAUGCUUCAGAAGAAAAAAAUGACGAAGAGACAACUAGUGACAACAAAGCAACAAGUGAGCAGGAUAGGCCUGAAACAAGCUCACCUGACCGGAAUAGAAAGCAAGAUAGGAGGAGUAGAGACAAAGAGCGAGAUCUGAAACGUGAAAAGGAGCGUGAGAUUGAAAGAUAUGAAAGAGAAACAGAACGAGAACGGGUACGGAAGGAGAGGGAGCAAAGGAGAAAAAUUGAGGAUGCUGAGCAUCAGUAUGACAAAUGUCUCAAAGAAUGGGAGUAUAGGGAAAGGGAGAAAGAGAAACAAAGGCAGUAUGAGAAGGAGAGGGAGAAAGAAAGGGAACGCAAGAGGAAGAAAGAGGUAAUCUAUGAAGAAGAUGAUGAGGAUGAAGAUGCCAGAAAAAAGUGGAGGAGGAGUGCGCUGGAGGAGAAGAGAAAGAGGAGACUACGGGAGAAAGAAGAUGACUUGGCUGACAGGCAGAAAGAAGAGGAAGAAAUUGCCGAGGCCGAGAGGAGGGCCGAUGAGGAAAAGCAGCUACAGCAAGAAAGAGAUGCAUUGAGGGAUUCCUCUGUCCAUGUAGCUAAUGGAAGCGAACAAGCAGCUUUGGCGGAAGAAUCCUUUGUGGAACUGAGAGAUAAGGCCACUGAACAGAAUGAUGAGGGUGAUUCUGGUCAUGAGAAUCAUAUGGGUGAUGGGACUUUACAGAAUGGUAACAGUGGUGAUGAGUCAACAAUGACAUCAGUUCAUGCAUCAGAACCACAGCAGAGUGGCAGUGCCCCAGCAAAAAGGUUGGGUUUUGGUCUAGUUGGGUCUGGAAAACGUACUGCUGUUCCUUCUGUUUUCAAUGAGGAGGAUGAUGAUGCACACAAGGACAAAAAAAUGAGGCCCCUGGUUCCCAUUGAUUAUUCAACUGAAGAACUGCAGGCUGUCCAACAAACUGCUUCUGGGCCUCCAUCAAAUUUGGCUGCAGCUGCAGAAUUCGCAAAGCGAAUUUCAAAUGUUAGUUCUAGGGAAGAGAAACCAGAUACAGAUAAGGAAAGAAAUAGACGUGCUAAUGAUAGGUCGAGCCAACGGGAUAGGGAUAGGAAUGAUGAUGACACUAAUCGCACUAGAGAUGAGAACAAGGAGAAGACUGACCGUGAUACCGAUCGUGAACAUGGGUUGGAUAAACCAAGGACAACGGAUAACAAAAAGCUUUUGGAUGCAAAACAACUGAUCGAUAUGAUUCCGAAGACGAAAGAGGAAUUAUUCUCAUAUGAAAUAAAUUGGGCUAUUUAUGACAAGCAUGCACUACAUGAGAGAAUGAGACCAUGGAUUUCAAAGAAGAUUACAGAGUUUCUAGGAGAGGAAGAGACCACACUGGUAGAUUACAUUGUAUCUAGUACUCAGGAACAUGUGGGAGCAGAACGCAUGCUACAGCUGCUUCAAUCCAUUUUAGACGAGGAAGCCGAAAUGUUUGUUCUCAAGAUGUGGAGGAUGCUCAUCUUUGAAAUUAAGAAGGUUGAGACAGGUCUUGCUUCAAGAACAAGAGCAUGAAUGUGAACAUGACGGUUUUGUUUGUGGGUUGUAUUUUUGUUGCUGUAGACCUGAGUCUUGUUAGUAUUAUACAUCCAUUGGCCUCUCCCUUGUUUCACUCCUUACAUAGGAUGGAUUAGCAUAGAUGGCUGUCAAGGCUAAACCAUAUUCUUCUGUUUGUAUUGCUUCAAAGUACAGUUUUAGUCCAUAAGCAAAUAAACCCGUUUUUGUCUUCAUCCCUCUUGUGGGUUGUUUGUAGCUUUGGAAUCUAUUAGAUGUCCUGUUGGUAAUUCUUUGCCAAAAUAAUACUUGUAUUCAUGUUUGGCGCUU